CGUGACUAUUUUGUGUGCACACCAAGGUAGUAGUGCGAACUGGCUAGUGCCUAGACCUACCGAGAGACAGCACGAGGAGGGUCUGGGUUGUCAAGAAAGCAAACGACAGGGAAGGGGCCGCGAUGGGAGUGGAGGAGCAUCGGAUUUCUUCACUGCCGACAUUGAUCCGCUUUGGCUGUGUGGCCUCAUCGGUUUCCACCACAAGAAAAUUGUAGAGUACAUGAACUCCAGGACCCCCGAAGACACCAAUCCCGAGUUCGAGUCGCUUGGCAUUGCUGCGAGUCACCUUAUCUCCCUCCCAGGUACUCCUGUAGGUUAGGUCACCGUCGUACCACCACUGCUGCUCUGCCCGCCGCACUCCAUCGACACCGAACCCUUACCGCCCCUUUGCAGUUCUACCCCCCAAUCCUUGACUCUCACGACCAUGGCCAAGAAACUCAUCGCCGUUGUCGGUGCUACUGGUAAUCAGGGCGGUUCCGUCGCCCGCCGCUUUUUGGCCGCCGGCUACCGCGUCCGCGCCCUGACCCGUGACUCCGCCUCCCCCUCCGCCGCCGCCCUGGCCGCCCUCGGCCCCGACCUGGAACUCGUCCACGCCGACCUUGAGGAUGUUGCCUCCCUAGAGGAGGCUUUCCGGGGCGCCAACGCCAUCUUCAGCGUUACCAACUACUGGGAGCCCUUUUUUCGUCCCGACUGCCGCGCAAAGGCGCAAGAGCAGGGCAUCUCGUGCCGAAGGUUCGCCUACGACGUCGAGUAUCGCCAGGGCCGCAACAUCGCCGACGCCGCCGCUACGACGGUGGAGUCGCUCGACGAGAAUGGGUUUCUGGUCUCGACGCUGAGCCACGCUGGUAGGUGCAGUGGCGGGCGGUUCAAGGAGCUGUACCAUUUCGAUGCCAAGGCCGAUAUCUUCCCCGACUAUGUGAAUGCCAAGUAUCCUGCGUUGACGGCCAAGAUGUCUUGUAUCCAUACCGGAUUCUUCUACACAAGCUAUCGCAUCUUGCCCAACUCGUACUUCAGAAAGAACUCCGAUGGUACCUUUACCAUGUCCUUCGCCACCUCUCCGGACAAGCCCGUCCCUCACUUUGCCCCGGCCAGCGACAUGGGCAACUUUUCCUAUGCAGUGUCCCAAAUGCCGCCAGGGAAGGCUUACAUGGCGGAAGGAACAACCUGCACCUGGCCGCAAUUCCUCGAAACAUGGGCCAAGGUUACAGGCGUCAAGGCCGACUACAAGCAGAUUUCGCCCGAGGAGAUGAUUGAGGCUACGGGAGAGCGAGACACGGGCAUCGAAGUCGCCUACAUGUUUUCCUACUCGUCUGACCCUGGCUAUGAUGGCGGCAUGGAUCUCUUGACUGCGGCGGAUCUUAGAAAGGCUGGUAUCGACUGUCCCAUGACAGCUUGGGAGGAGUGGGCUAAGCAGAACGACUGGACUUCCGUUCUUGAAAAGUAAUCGAGAUACCAAUGCAAUUUGCAUCUAGCCUGGUCAAGAAAAUAGCCGGAUUAAUCUCGCCGCCCAUCGUCUUUUCGUUCUCGAGAACCAU